CCCAGCCGUCACGGUGGAGGCUGAUUUGUUCAUUCCUAGGUUCGGCAAAGGGCGAGGAGUCAGCAUCUCCCAACUUCUGUCUCCGAGAGGGAAACAAGCAUCUGUUGAGAGGAGUCGGACGAGCACAUAAGGGUCAGUCGAGAAAGAAAGUUAUCACGCACGAGGACGAAAAGGGAAGGACACAGGAAACCAAAAAGGAGCGGAGAGAGGAGAGGUGACCUGGCCGAAGACGCGACAUGUUUGGCAUGAUCAAGAAUUCGCUCUUCGGAAACACCGAGGAGACGGAAUAUAAAUUGCUCAGCAGCGAGACGAAGGAUGGAGUUAGCUUUGAGGUGCGGCGAUAUGAUGGUGCCAAAUAUGCUGUUGUUUCCUCUGAGGGACGAACUUUUGACCAAGUGACUGGGGAGCUGGUGAGGAAGCUGCUCAUGUACAUCGGUGGGAGCAAUGAACAAGAGGAGGCCAUGGGCACAGCAGCUCCCAUCAUCAUCACAGUGUACCCACGCAACGACGGUGUUCUGUCUCGCCGCUUGGUGGUCGCCAUCCGUAUCCCCACCAACUACCAGCAAGAGCCCCCAACUCCCACCGACAGUGCCAUCAGGAUUGAGGAGCGGCCCGGCAUGACUGUCUACACUCUGCAGUUUGGAGGCUUCGCGGGUGAGAGUGAGUACCGAGCAGAGGCCUUGCGUUUGACCCGCACCCUGGGUGAGACGGCCCCCUUCCAGCGCAAGCAGUACUUCUGCUGUAGCUACGACCCGCCACUGAAGCCUUACGGACGCCGCAAUGAGGUGUGGUUUCUACAGGAAGAGCCGUAGAAGCCAUUCUAUCCGAUCUGAGUCAAAUCUCAUGCUGAAUCCUUUAUUCAACCUUAAAUACCCUUUCACUGCCGACAAUCCUGUAGCUCUAACAGUAUUCAGUUGGUAAGAGCAAUAUGGUGACUUAAUAGACCUUCGAACCUAAAUGGGCAGAUAGAGAUUACCCAUGUUGCCUUUACCCAUCUGAUCACCUGCUUUCUCUAUCACGUUUCCUUUAUUCUUUUAUUUCUCUAAAAGAAACGACUCUGAAACAAUGCGUGAUGAGACUGAUUCAAGGCUUCUAGACAAAUGUAGUGUUAAGAAGUGAAACUUUUACUCCCAUGUAAUAUGUUUUAUACAAAAUUUUAAAUUUUCAGCUGUUUAAGGCAAGGAAAAAUAGAUCUUAAAAAACUACCUUUAGAUAAACUUGUACGCUACUGCCUCUGUCUUACAGGUGUGAAACAGAAAGCUGUCUAACUCAGUGAAUAAUCUAACUGAAUUGAUUUUUUUCACCCCUUUUAGAAUUAAAUGUUUGUCCUAAAGGGUCGAUCAAACCCCUGUAGAGCUCUCUUCUCCCUAAAGAACACACUGUAGGGCUUUGCACAUCUUUUAUCUAGUUUACACUUUAGUGACGACUACAGAGAAAUGUACAGAAUUAACAGUAGAUACAUGGUAGAUAAAAGCACACUUCCUUUUCCUGAGUCAGGAACUGGAUAAAAAACGGGAGUUGAGCCAUAAAGUAGAAUUAGUCUUUAUGAAUUAAUGGCUGUACAGCUGAGUGGACAUUAGCUAUAGCUAGCUGUAGGUGUCGUUAUAAACUCUGUGGUUAUGUGUCGAUGCAGGAAGCCUGUGUGUGUAGUGAGUAGUUUGUGUUUUAGUGCAUGACAAUGCCAUCUUUAUUUAUUCCGAGUCUUAAAAACUGUGUUAUGCGAUACUCCUGUACUUUGUGGUUUUCUGUGAUGGGUGAAUAUUAUGUUCAGGCUUGAUAGUGUUUCAUAAUAUAAUAAAUAUGUUAUUCAGUAA